AUUCUAACAUAAUACAUAACACUAUCUACCGCUCUAGUCUAUACUGACCAUGAGUUAAAAACACUUGUAGUGAUAUCUAAUAAUAUUUAUUUGUUAUCUAAAACAAAAAAUACGUUAAGGGGGUUGGAGCAUAGAAUAUUUUAAGGAGUAAUAUUUAGGCAGUUUAUAUUAUAUGUAUAUUUAAACGGUGUCAUUUUGUGAGUAGUGAAUGAAUAUUAGUGUGUGUCCUUAUCGAUCAAGAACAAUAUCACUCAAGCACAUGCAUGCACAGGUCACCAAAUUAAAUUUUUACAUUUUUCCGUUUUUAAAAUUGGUACAAAAUAGCUAUAAGAGAAAGAUUUAUUUAGUUAUAGAUUUCCAUGACCCGAUUUAAAUUUUGAAAAUAUGUCGGUAUUCGAUAACUUUUUUACUAGGUUAUGUAGGAAAAAUAAUUGAUGUUUUAAAUCUGAAUGUAAGUGUAUAAAAUAAAAACACUUUCAUAUUUUUUAAAAAGUAAACAUAUUUUUUAAGCCUUAUUAAAUACAAAAAUCAAAAAUUUGUUCCUACAUAACCUAGAAAAAGGGAUACUGAGUUCAUACGUAGGUAUUUUUAUAGUAAUAAUCGGACAUUGGGUAGGUAGUAUAAAAACUUUACUAAUCGUCCGCUUAUUGGUCUAAAACUACAAAAAAUGCUCCAACCACCUUAAUACAGAUUUAUUUAUUUUGAAGUAAAAUAUUCUAAAUAUUUUUCAAAUGUCUAAUAAAUAUUAAUCCUAGUAAAAUGUUAUAUGUUAUAAAUGUAUAUUUAUAUUUUGUCAACCAAUUCAUGAAUCACAUUUCUUAUAAAACAUCCUUCACAUUGAAAAAGAAUACAAAUCACAUUUAAAUCAUGGCCCCCCUAUAGUUUUAAUUCAUUUUUUUCUUAUAACUCAAGAUAACAAACUAUUUAAUUAAAACGACUUCUUACAUUUGUUAUUAUUUUAUAUUUGAACUUUGAACAUUACUUACCUAUAUUAUAUAGUAUAACUCGUUGUUGUAUCUAAUUAUUUUUUAUAAUAUUUUGCUUUUUUUUUUUAAUAUUUGAUAAGAUUUGUCGGUGGUUUUUCCCAUGGCAUUAAAUAACUAUUGAUAAAAUCGAAAAAUGACCUCUUUAAAGUACCAUCUUGAUCCAAUUUGCUAAAAGAUAAAGUACUAUAUGUUGAAAUCAAAGCACUCCUUCUGGUAGAAAUUUUGUAUACAGGAUAAAAAAAAAAAAUAAAUAAACACCGUUGUAAAACCACUAGCUUCCUUGAUCCGUUAAGAAUCUAAAAAUGUGAAACAUUGAUCUAAAGUCAUUUUUUUAAAAUUAUAAACGUUAGUUCACAGGUUACACAGUAAUCGAUUUUCAGUUAGUUGUGUUUUAUAUUUUAUGUCUCUUUCAUACUUGUAUAGCUAUAUGUAUUAUUUUAUUUACAGUACACCCAGUACAGUCACAGUUGAGAAACAAAAUGUAUAUAGGAUAAUAUAGUUGAAACUAUUUUUAUGUAUAUAAUAUCAUUAAUUAAAAAUAGGUUGGACAAGUCACAAGUAGGUACAGUAGUUGUCGAGCAUUUUUUGUAAUGGAUAUAUUGUUAAUUCGAAUUCACUAAUAUAUCACUGUGUAUGAAAAAACGGUUCUGAGUGGAAAUGUUGAGUCAGCCUAUCAUUCUUGUAUAAGUAUAAUAACAUUUAAUAUUUAAAAAAAAAAAAUGGGUAAGUGGAUGUCACUCUGCUGUACAGUAGGGUACAAGUGGGUCACUGUAUAAUGAAUUAUAUUGAAUUUAAGUUAAAUGAUAUAAAUAUCAUUGAAUAUGAAAAACGAUUUUGAGCUGUGACGGUUUGUCAGUGGGGAUAUUUAAUAUUAUAUUUAUAUUGUUAUUACUUAUUAAUACGGUAACUGGUAAGUUGAAUUAAUAUUAUAAGAUUACAACAAAAUAACUAAAAUCGUUAUUCUUGGUUAUUUAAUAUGUAAUUUCGACAGAAUUUGAACAUAAAAUAACAAUAAAAAAAAUGGGUUUUUAUAUUUUUGAGAUAUUUUGGUUACAGAAUAAGCACUACUUACGAGGAACCUCGUCUGAUUUUCAAUCCUUAGUUAUAAAAGUUGCACAUUUUAUAAGUGUUUAGCUAUUAUGUACAACAGCCGUUUGAUAACCGUCUAGCUUGCUAACCACUUAAAUUAAUUAGAUCGGUUAUUCGGUUGUGUGGUUUUUGUUAGGUAUUACCGUAUCUUAUAUAUAAAAAUGAAUCGCAAAAUGUGUUGGUAAGCGCAUAACUCAACAACGCCUGGACCGAUUUGGCUGAAAUUUUUUUUUAACUGUUCUGAAUUACCAGGAGAAGGUUUUUAUGAACGAACAUUUUUAAAAAGUCUACCGAAUAAGUAGAAAAAGUGCAAAAAAUAUUUAUUGAUGUCUGUGAUUUGAACCCGAUACCGUUAAAAUAUAAAAAAUAAAUUAAAACUAUAAUAUUUUUUUGUUGCCAUGGAAAUGUUAAAGACAAUAUUUAUUCAAUUUAAUUGUUUGAAUAAAAUAUAAAAAAAAAUUACUGGGAAGACCUUAAAAAAAUUUGUAUUAAAAAAACAUAAUAAUUUAAUUUUGAUAUGCCUCCUAUAUGACGAAGCAAUUUAGGUAGAAUAACCCGAAAUGCUACCAACCAAGCUAAUUACCGAUCUAACCAAAGUCCACAAGAACGUGACGACAGAAAUGAACGUGAAAGAAUUCGGAUAUCACAAACGCGUGAAGUGCGAACGCGAAAUUCAACUAAUAAUCGCGCAAACUUGAAUCGAGCUGCUUUUAGUUACGAUGUGUCAAUUGACUACAGUAACUACACGUGUGUUGUUAUUGGUUCUAUGAACUCAGUUUGCUCAUAUUGUAAGGCUUUGAAAUACAAAAACGAGGCCAAUGGUUUGUGUUGCGCAAAUGGUAAAGUGAAAUUGAUACCAUUGGAUCCACCACCUGAGCCGUUGUACUCAUUGGUUUCAGGAAUAGGAACAGAUGAGGUUGUUAUCAAAAACAUGAUACAUGGUCCAUGUGGUACUCUUAAUCAAAAUUCACCGUGUAUGAUGGAUGGUAAAUGUUCAAAACGAUAUCCAAGGACGUUAAUAUCAGAAACAAUUACUGGCAAUGAUGGUUAUCCACUGUAUCGUCGCUGAUCAAGAGUAGACAAUGGAAGAACAACAAUUGUCAAAUUAAAUAAACAAGAUAUUGAAAUAGAUAAUCGUUGGAUUGUUCCAUAUUCACCAAUUUUAUCAAAGACGUUCAAAGCACACAUAAACGUUGAAUCUUGCCAUUCAGUGAAAUCUAUUAAAUACAUUUGCAAAUAUGUAACCAAAGGGAGUGAUAUGGCUGUGAUUGGAAUUAGUGCAGAGAAUUGCAAUGAUGAAGUUACCCAAUACCAAAUGGGCCGCUAUGUUAGUAGUAAUGAAGCAGUUUGGUGAAUAUUUUCUUUUCCCAUUCAUGAGAGACACCCUUCAGUUGUUCAUUUAGCUGUGCAUUUAGAAAAUGGACAAAGAGUGUAUUUUACACCACAGAACGCAGUACAAAGAGCAGCUCAGCCACCUUCUACUACAUUAACCAGUUUCUUUGAGACAUGCCAAAACGAUGAUUUUGCACAAAUAUUGUUAUAUUCUGAAAUGCCAAAAUAUUAUACUUGGAAUAAAUCCUCGAGGAAAUUUAUACGACGGAAACAAGGAAAACCAAUUCAAGAAUACCCAGAUGUAUAUUCCACCGAUGGGAUUGGUCGAAUUUAUUCAGUACAUCCCAGCAAUGAUGAAUGUUUUUAUUUACGACUGCUAUUAGUCAAUGUACGUGGCCCAACAUCAUUCCAACAUUUACGAACUGUUGAUGGUGAAUUGUGUGGAUCCUACAGAGAAGCCUGUCAACGUUUGCAAUUGCUAGAAAAUGACGAUCAUUGGGAUCAAACUCUAAAUGAUGCUGUAAUAUCAUCAAGUGCUCAACAAAUACGAACAUUGUUUUCUAUAAUCAUAUGUACAUGCUACCCAUCAAAGCCAAUCGAUUUGUGGAUCAAGUACAAGGAUCAUAUGUGUAAUGAUAUUUUGUAUCAAAUACGGAAUAGAAUGGGAAAUCUAAAUAUAUAAAUCAAUGAAGAAAUUUUUAACGAAGCAUUGAUUUCAAUUGAGGACAUGUGCUUGAUGAUGUUAAACAAACUAUUAAUUCAAUUAGACCUGAUCGCGCCCAAUCGUACAAUGCAUGAUGUUUUUAACAAAGAGGUGCACCGAGAAAAAACGUAUGAUCUCAACACUUUGAAAGAAUUAAUUCAAAAAAAUCUUCCACUGUUGAAUGAACAACAGAAGUAUGUAUUUGAUACUCUUAUGAAAGUAACAAAUGAUGAUACUGGAGGGAUAUAUUUCUUGGAUGCACCUGGUGGUACAGGAAAAACUUUUUUGAUUUCAUUAAUAUUAGCAACAAUUCGUUCACAAAAUAAAAUUGCACUUGCACUUGCUUCCUCGGGAAUUGCAGCAACUUUGCUUGAAGGUGGUCGAACAGCCCAUUCAGCACUAAAAUUGCCAUUAAAUAUGCAAAGCAAUGAAUUUCAAAGCUGCAACAUUUCGAAGAAAUCUGCAAUGGCAAAAGUUUUGCAGCAAUGUCAAUUAAUUGUUUGGGAUGAAUGCACAAUGGCACAUAAAAAAUCGUUGGAGGCUUUAGACAGAACAUUAAAAGAUAUACGGGGCAAUUAUAACCUAUUUGGCGGUACAAUGAUUUUAUUAGCAGGAGAUUUUCGGCAAACAUUGCCAGUGAUUCCACGAUCAACGCCAGCUGAUGAACUUAAUGCAUGUCUAAAAUCAUCCAAUUUGUGGAAACAUGUCAAAAUACUUUAUUUAAACAAGAAUAUGCGUGUCGAGUUGCAAAACGAUCAAUCUGGAAACAUAUUCUCUAAACAACUGAUAGACAUUGGUAAUGGCAAAUUUCAUGUAGACAUAUUGACCGACUGCAUUAACUUUCCUCGAAGUUUUUGUCAGUUAACUCGAUCAAAAGAUGAACUUAUUCAAAAGGUGUAUCCAGAUAUUGCUCGCAAUUACAGAAACCAUGAUUGGUUGAGCGAUCGAGCUAUAUUGGCUGCAAAAAACAUAGAUGUAAAUGAAUUAAAUUUAAAAAUUCAAGAACAAAUUACAGGUGAAUCGAGGAUAUAUAAAUCAGUUUAUUCGGCAACUAACCAAGAUGAUGUAGUCAACUAUCCACCGGAAUUUUUAAACUCACUGGAUUUACCAGGAUUGCCACCUCACAAUCUUAAAUUAAAGGUUGGAUCGGUUGUUAUAAUGUUGCGAAAUAUCAACCAACCGCGUCUGUGCAACGGCACACGGUUAGCGAUAAAAAAAUUACUGAACAACGUGAUAGAAGCAACUAUACUGAAAGGAAAGUUUAAAGGAGAGGAUGUUCUCAUACCAUGCAUCCCAAUGAUUCCGACUGAUGUGCCAUUUGAGUUUAAACGCCUACAGUUUCCAGUGCGGCUUGCUUUUGCUAUGACCAUAAACAAGUCCCAGGGGCAAUCAUUAAGUGUUUGUGGUAUUAAUUUGGAAAACCCAUGUUUCUCACAUGGUCAAUUGUAUGUUGCCUGUUCCCGUGUUGGGAAACCAUCAGAUUUGUUUGUCUGUGCGCCAGGUGAUCAAACAAAAAAUAUCGUAUACCACAAAGCACUACAAUGAAUAUAUAACUGAUUUUUGUUAAUAAUUAUAAUUGAAAUGAUUAACAAAAAAGUAAUUCCUUACUUAUAAAUGAUUAUAUAUGUUUUAUUUAAUUAUUUUUUAUUCACAACGCACUAUCACCAGGGUGACGGUUCUGUUCAGAAGAAUUUUUUGCGUCAAAUAUAACAUGUGUAGGAACAAAAAAAUUGCAAAAUUAAAAAUAUACUGGACAGGACGAGUCAGGUGACGGGGAGGUGAUACACAAAUAUGUAAUUAUAUUUGUUAUUUUUAUUCAUUGAAGAGGUACGAUUUUUAACGAAUAAAUUUUGAACACCAUACACCGAAUAUUAAAUAACGAAUUGAACAAAGUUUGAGUCAUAAAGGGUUGGCAUAUAUUUAACGGGAAACGAAGUGCACGGGAUCAGCUAGUAAUAUAUAUAAAUGGCUUGUGAAGACCGCCUGGCAUAUAGCGCCCCAAACACAACGGGAAAGGUAGGGUGGAGUGUGUAGCUCUGUAGUUGGUGGCCGUAUAUAUGAUGUUUGAGCCGUAACCUGGUGUGUUUUUGGCAUAGUUCACUUUUGUGACCUAUCUUUUUUCAUCAAUCAUAAUUUGAUGAUUGACUGUAGGUUAAGUGGUUCUUUCUUGAAACCGUUUUUCUGUAUAUGAUCUCGUAUAGAUCUCAGAUUGUUAUAUUUGGAUACUAUAAUGCCACUUACAACGUGUAACAUAGGACAUACACCAUUCAAUAUUUAAAUAUUACAAAUUAGGUAUGUUUCCAAGUCUAUUUGCGAUGCAUUUUCCUGGCCUAAUGACUAAUAGUAUACAAUUAUGUCUAU